CAAUUCGAACAAAUUCAAAUGAUGUUGGUUUCAGCGCUUCUUCAGCAAUUUCCCAGCCUGUUGAUGUUCAUACAAUGCACCUUUCACCCGGAUCCACUAUGUAUUGGACACCCGAGUGUGAUCCCGCUGUAAAACCAUAUGUUGGUAUGUUGUUCAAUAACAUACGUGAUGGUAAGCUUUUUUACGAUGAAUACGCGUCGGUGUGUGGUUUUGAAACACGUAUUUUUAGUUCAUCAAAGUCUCGUGAUGGUGUUAUUGUUUGGAGAUAUUUAGUAUGUAAUAGGGAGGGAUUAAAAAAUGUAGCUAAAUCUCACAAGGAUGCAUGUAACAAUGAUGGUUGCAAUAAUUAAGAUUUAGAUAAUGAGUGAACUCAUGAAAAUGAUUCAUCAGAAUGUGAAGGAGGUGAAAUUGAUGGGCAAUCUUCUACUCAAGAUUUACAAAUUCAUGCCCUCUGUGUUGAUGGUGAGAAAAAGAGACGUCGAGUUUCCAAUAGGGUUGGUUGUAAAGCACGUUUAGUGCUUAGGCUUGCUGGCACCAAUAGAUAUGUGCUUACAUUUUUUGAAGAGAGGCAUAACCAUUGUAUGGCUUCUACUUCUUCCAUGCCAUUUUUAAAAGUGAAUAGGAAACUUGAUAUUGGUCACCAAAUGUUUUUUCUCAAUUGUGCUAAAGCAAAUAUCGGUACAAUGAAAUGUUAUCGAUUGUAUAAAGAAACUGUCGGGGGCUAUUCCAAUAUUCGUGCCACAUCCGUUGAUUUUAAGAAUUUUAAACGUGACUUGAAGGCCUACAUAGUUGGCGUGGAUGCUCAAAUGGUGAUAGAUAAACUUUUCAGAAAGAAAGAGGUUUGUUCAGCCUUUUCUUUUGACUAUGAUGUCGAUGAGAGUGAUCAAUUGACACACAUUUUUUGGGUUGAUCCAGUCUGCAUAAGGAAGUAUGCUUUAUUUGGGGACGUUGUUUCUUUUGAUGCUACUUAUGAGACUAAUCGUUUGAAAGUGUUAUGGAUUCACAAAGACACAAUAGUGCACAGUUGACCAAAGUUUCUGAGUCAUCCAUUCCUGAAUACAAAACUCCAUUACAUAUUGAGAGAUAUGCUUCGUCUGUUUAUAAUCAUUCCAUUUUCUAUCUCGUUCAGAAGGAAAUAUGUUGCGCUUGUUUUUCUUGUGGUGUACAUAGUGCUCAACAUGAAGACGACGUGUCUCAGUAUGUAAUAUCUGAUGAGCGAGGUUUUAGUUUCACAGUUGAGCACAAUAAUAGUGAUUGUACUACAAGUUGCACGUGCAAACAUUUUGAAAGGAUUGGCAUACUGUGUUGUCACAUAUUUUUCGUGUUUAAAGAUAUGAAGGUUAAUGUUAUUCUAGAUAAAUAUGUGUUACACAGAUGGUGCAAGGAUUCUAUCUUAAAGCCUCUCAAUGCAUUUGAAGAUGUUGUUUUUCAACACUGUGUUGGCACUGAAGAAAAGAAAGGAGCUAUAAAGCAAUUGUGGUCUGAUAUUCAUUUUUGUGUCGAAAUGAUUGAGCACGACCCUGAUUUAUUCCAGCAGUUUGCCGAUGUCAUUAAGGCGCAGAAAGACUUAUUGUCUGCCUCUCACCAAAACAGUGCACCAUCAACUUCAAAAAGGGAUGUUAUUAAAUCAUUUUAUGGAUCAUCUAUUCCUACCGAAGUCAGUGUGCACCCGCCUCAGCAAGCUCGAAAUAAGGUUGUGGCAAGAGGAUUAAAGGCGACAAGGAAAAGGCAAUUGAAAUCAGCAAGAAGAGUAAGAGACUUUGCAGAACAUGUAAUCAGAAGGUUUAUCACGACAGCAGGAAUUGUCCUUUGAACUCUGAGAAAUGAUCACAAUUUUAAUGGAUCUGUCUGUAGACAAUUUUGAUUAUUAUUGAUGAACUUUGAUUAUUAUUGAUGAUUAAUUAGAGUUGUAUGAAAAUUUGUAUUGCUAUUAAUUUCAUUAUUUAAUUUACAUAUUUACUUAUGAAUUUUGUCCACAUGUUAUCAUUACUUGUA